AUGCGUUUCUUCCCCACCAUCUACCUGGCCAGCGGCGCCAUCGCCGCUGUCGUUGCACCUCAUAACGACGAGCCCAACUGCAUCCUCUACCACCGCCCCGAGAUGGCCGAGGAGGCUGAGUGCGGCAACCGCGACAUCAUCAAGACCUGCUUCGAGAAGCUCGAGACCCAGGCCGUCCCCCAGCUCGAGGAGUGCUACAAGUCCGCCGGCUGCACAGACGACAAGGCCUCAAUCCUCGCCUUGGGCGCCGAGGAGCGCUGCCUGACCAAGAUCGCCGGCGGAGAGCUCCGAAAGCGCUCCCGCGGUGUGCUCGAGGCCCGCGCCCCCGAGCCUACCUACAUGGCCAGGGCUGACGAUCUUCUGGAGAACGCCCCCGGUCUCCUGGGUCGCGCCACAACCGCCUCCUCAAACACAGAUACCAUGAGCGGCUCCGCUUGCGUGACCGCCAGUCUCACCAAGGUCGAGACCUGCGAGCCCAGGAGCAGCGGCGGCGGCAGCACAUGUUCCGAUGUCGAGCAGACCAGCUGGGUCUGCACUCCAGGCUGGACCUGCAGCUUCAACGUCGAGGGCACCCACAUCUGCAUGGUCCUCCACAACAGCCUCGACAUCGCCGGCAUCAUCGUCGCCAUCGUCAUGGCCGUGGGUGCCAUCGCCGGUAUCGUCACCAUCACCUACCUGUGCAUCCAGAACAAGAAGGAACAGAAGCGUCUCUCCGCCAAGGCCGAGGCCACCGCACUCGCCCGUGCCGCCACCAAGAAGAAGCGUGCUGCCGAGCGCACUCCCCUCAACCAGGCCGUGUUGGGGAAGGGAGAACGCACCUGGGAAGUGUACAAGAGGAGGGCUCGCGUCGUGGGUGGCGAUAACCUCGAGCGCGGCGUUCACCUGGCGGUGUCCAGGCUGACGUUAUGA